UUGUAUACCUGCUGGCACCGUUCUGUUCUUUUGGGCACUUGUUUGCAGUUAUUUCUCUUUAUUAUAGCUUCUACUAUUUUUCGGUUUCCAUUUUUUCUUAUCCUUUCACUUCUAGGUGUCCACAUAACACGAUUGGUCUCUUUGCUUUUCCCCUGGUACACUUGCAUGUGGUUUUGGUCCCUUUUUGACCCUCCUCACCUUCCAUCAGUGUGUGUACUAUCGCCAUGGUUACUAUGCUCCUCUUUGUUUCUGUUAAAUACCGGGCGCGAUGACGUAAAUCUUUGAGGCCGGAAGAAGCACGCAUACACGUGUGAAACAGCCGGCGUAGCCUCCGAGCGCCCAUCAACCUGCACCGAUGCUGUGAUCCAGCCUUCCGUGGACCGGCCCCCCUUGCCGAGUUGUCUCUGCUGAGCGGUUUCCCAGAGGUUCGGUAAUGCUGUAAAAAGGACAAGAACACUGAUGACUGCAGCUAUACCUAUGAAAUAUACAGAUCAUGAGCCACAUUCACAGUUUAUCUUGUUAGAUCCAGAAAACACUUGUAAACACUGUAAACAACAUAUCAUGGAUUCCAUCACUAUUUUACACACGUAAAAGAACCCGCUUCAAAGUCCUGUGUGAGAGCAUAUGAAACUGGCCAACCAACAUGAGUGUCCCACUGACUCCGAACAAGGCUUGUUGUACAGACCAGGAGGACAACAGCAAUGAAGACAAAAACGAUAAUGAGAGCGUGACCGGCAUGGGAGAUACUAAUGCCAAUCAGAUAUACUCCACAAACACUGGGAAAAGGGAUGAGAUCUACAUAAGGGAGAAUAAAACUGGGACGUUGUGCACAUGGCAGUCUGAAAAUCUUACAAUGUUGAAUAAAGAGUCCCGCAGAUCAGGGAACGUUGGCCAUGAGUCUCCAUCAAGCGAACAUAUAAGUGACUUAAGACUCCAUUCCCCAACCAACAAAGACAUCAGCAAAGAUUGCAUGACGGAUGAUGCAAAGGACAGUUUGACUUCUCAUGGUCAAUCUCCAUUGAAUUCAAAAGCCAGCUUAUAUGAUAGAAGUUUCCAGGUUCCCAUUAGCAAGACAUAUGAAUCCUCUAUCAACGUCCAUAGUAAUAAUGUUAGCAGUGAACGUCCUAGGAUAAAAACAAGUAUCCCUUCACCCAAAACAGAAACUUUUAUAAAAGAUCAUAUAUCACCUACAACACCUGUGGAAUCGCCCCUCAGGUUCUUGCAGUACGCUGACACAUCUCAUUGUGGGAUCAGGCCUACUGAAACAUCCUCGCCAGCUGAACAUUCAUUCGGACUAUCUUCUCAUAAUAUCAGUAAUACCUCAGAGGAAAAGACGAUUGUAUUUUAUUCCAAACCACCUACCUCAAAUAUUACUGGCCCAGAUUAUUCAAUGGAUAAUGGAACCUUGACCCAUGUGAACAGGCAAAGCACAUUGACUUAUCCUAUUAAUGUCGAGGAACCCUCGCGUUUACCAUACAAACCUCAGGUAAUUUGUACCAUACCAGAAGCACAAUUGUAUCAGGGUCAAAUAACGAAACAAUCAGAACUGACUGAUCCAAAAAACAUUCAGUCCAAGUCAACAUCUCCCCAUAAACUACAGAUAACGUUGGUUGAGGUUGCUAGAUCCAAAAGAGGGGAUGGUGUGUUUGAAACCAGAAGAUCUCCAUUGUCCUCCCCAUGUGGUCAGAUAACUGUUUCGCAGACAAACCAAGCAGGAAAGCAGACUGGGUCAUUGCUGUUAACCAGUCCUUCCAAUACCAAGCCGCAUGAUUAUAAAGUUGAUGCGUGUUACAGUGAAACGAAAGCUCAAAUCUCUCAGGUCUCCGAUUUUCAAGUUGGUCAUCCCCAAGAAGUUGAGUCUUCAAAAAGCAAAGAGCUAAGCUACAAGCCUACAAUCAGAAAAACAACAUCACUCACCGACUCCCUGGAUAAUAAGAUCCAUACCAGUAAAGACAGAUUCUCAGUACAAGAUUAUCUUUGUCAGGACAGUGACAAUAAUUUUCUUUCAAGCAGCAAUGCAACUUCCUUGAAAGAUAAAAACGCUUUAGUUGACAGUAAAAAGACAUCUCUUAGUCGAAAACAUCAGUCGGAUAUUCUAAAAAGCAAUUUGAAAGAGAGCCAUAGGGACCCAAGUGAUUUUUUUUUAUGUGCCACUUCUCCCUCAUGCCCGCUGGUUAAUAUUAAUGAUCAGCGUGUUGCCUCACCGAGCAGCUUUAAAGAUCUUAGUGUUGUUCACGCUGACAGAUUGUCACCUUCCUCAGUGCUACCUCCUAUAGAGAGUACACAGUUGUUCAACAUAUCCCCUAAAGCGACAAACAAGACUCUUGCUAACAGUGCAAUCCCAAAACCAAUACUGGUACAUUCCAAACCAUUUGAUGAAACAGAAAUAAACCAUAAUGCAAAAACAGAGGAGAUCAUUGAACCUGCCCUUCUUGUACCCAAACCCAAGCAGGUGCGGCCUAAGAUCAUCACCUACAUUAGGAGGAACCCCCAAGCAUUCGACAGAAUACCAUUUGGACAAAUGAGCAUGCCGUAUGGGCCCCCUUCCUGUAAUGUCCCUGUACCAAAAGAACAUGACACAUUGAGUAGUGACAUUAAACCAUCCAAUGUGCUGUUAGAUAAGUAUAAAGCUGACAUACACAAGCCCAGGAUGUACAGUGCUGGACUGAUGGUUUCUGGAAUCAGGCCUCCUGGACAUCAUUCAUUAGAAGAGACCGGUGAAAGGCAGAGAAAAGACGACUUUUGUCCCUCAACAUUUACCCAUUAUGAAGUCCCACCAAGCUUCUACAGGUCCACCAUGAUCCUAAGGCCACAGCUUGGGUUGGGGGCAGUCUCCAGGUUGCCGUCCACAAAGAGCAGAAUCUUGAUUGCAAGUCAACGUAUGUCUGGCACCGCUAUACCUCAACAAGAAUUGGUCACCACUGUCGGAGCACUUAACAACUCAGAAACGCCAGAGGAUCUUAAAAAAGGUUCCAUACCCAAUGGUGCAAAAUCAAAUCUGCCGAAGCCUUGCCAAUCUGGCCUUCGCCCCCCUGGCUACUCCCGCUUGCCAGCAGCUAAGCUUGCUGCAUUUGGAUUUGUCCGGAGCUCCAGUGUAUCAUCGCUGUCAAGCAAUCAGUCCAAUGAAAGCAUCCAGAGCGACCACAACAGAGCGACCAACACAGGUAAUGAAGAGCAUCCUGCUCCAAAUGCAGCUGUGCCUUCGAAGGAGAUCCCCAAGGGUACGGGCAGGACAAUCCCAGAAGUGUGUAGUGGCACCGCCGCGCCCCGCAGGAGUUUACUUCCAGCAAAGAAAACAACCACAUCACCUGCUGGAUUGAAGAAGGAGACCCAAAAAGAUCAAGAAGUUAUAAAACCAGCAAUUUCAUCUCCGAAAAGACAAGUGACCAAGGUGCAAUCACCAGGGCAUCCCAAACUAAAGCCGACGAUAACCAAGAAUGGCUACGCAGCAAAGACAGAGGUACAGACCAGAGAGCCAGAUCGACAGACCGUCCAGAGGUUAAAAGACAAGUGUGAGGAGCAGGCGAAGGAGCUCCUAUUUAUCCGGAAAGAAUUCCAAAAAACAAGCUGCGGGUUUUUAGUAUUUGCUGUAACAACUCAGUAUUUCUUCAAUAAGACUGAAUCUGGUCUUAUAAAAGAAAGAGAACUAUCACUUGAACUUGCAACCAUCAGAAAUGAAGUGGCCUUCAACACCGAGAGGUGCGAGAAACUACAAAAAGAGAAGGAGGAAUUGGAAAUCAAAUUUGAUAAUGAAGUGAAGAAACUGGAACGACAUCAGCAAGAGGAACUCCGGGGAUUGAAGGAGAGGUUAGAGCAGCAAUAUGACCGAGAGAUGGAGCAUCUCCAGCAGGAACAGGGUUCCCAGCUACUCCAGAUCCGUUCCCAACAUCAAGGCCAGAUUGAAGACAUGGCUGCGAAGCACGAAGCUGCACUGUUAGAGAUUAAGACCAGCCAUUCAGCUUCCCUCUCUGCAAUCCAUGAAGAUCACGAGAAAAGAGUUCACAAACUGAAAGAAGGCCACGAGCUGGAGAAAAAAAUGCUAGAGGAUGGUUUUGAAAAACUGAAAUUGUCUUUACAGGACCAAGUUGACACCUUGACGUUCCAGAAUCAUUCACUAAGAGACCGGGCAAAGAUGUUUGAAGAGGCGUUAAUGAAGAGUACCAAUGAACAGCUAGAGAUCGCUCUGGCACCAUACCGGCACUUGGACGACGACUUGAUCAGCAUUAGACAAGUCUUAGAAAUGAAAAACCAGUUAAUCCAUGAGCAGGAAAAGAGGAUAAUGGAUCUGGAGAAACUGGCUGAAAUAAAUGUUGUCUUGGAGGAAAAAAUACAGGUCCUUCAACAGCAGAAUGAAGACAUGAGGGCCCGCAUUGACAAGAACGUGGUAGUUACCAGGCAAUUAUCAGUUGAAAAUGCUACCCUACAAGAGAGUGUGGAAAAAGAGAGCAAAGAGAAGAAAAGGUUAAGCCGCACCAAUGAAGAACUCGUAUGGAAACUCCAGACCGCAGAGUCCAUGAGUCCUAUCAAGUACCCCUCAUCUCCCGUCCACCGCUCUGCUUCUUCGGGCCCACUGUCACCCUCCAAAGUCAACUCCGCUCAGAGAUGACGCUGCAGCAGCUUAUGAAUAGACAAGCUUUAUUUUCCGUACAGUUGCGCGCAGAGCGUAGUCUUUGGAUUCCUGUGACUACGUGUAAAAACCCAGUGUACCUUUUCAGAAGACUGGAUACCAAGGUACCACCAUACCUCCCGUCUUUCCUAUGAACCUCAAGCCAAGAAAACAAAACAAAACAAAAAAAACAUUCCACUAAAACAAUUCCUCAAAAGCCACACCAAUGUUUCAGGUUACAUCCAGUCCAAUAUGCUGGGGAUAUAUGUAUAUACAAUGUGGUUAUUGUAUACAUGAUUGCACACACUUUACAGGUUGAUUUGUACAUAAAGAUGCAAUGUACAUAUGAGAGCUUGUGUAUUUUAGUUUUUUUUAUGUUGCUGACGUGUUUGUUCAGCUGUUUUCUAAGCCGUGCCUCUGUCUUCUACCUGAACGGGACAUGUUUCUGUCCAUCUCGUUUUUACCGCUUAUUGUAACGAAAAAAGUAACACUAAUCUAUAAAGAUGUAACAAAAGCGCCUUCUAAAUGGUACUACACAAUCACCAGCUAUGUAUUAUUACAGGUUAAGGCUGCCGACACAAUAAUCCAAUGCUUUGCCCGCAUGUCAGGUAUUCGUUUUCUCGUGUGUGAUUUGUUACAAGGCAUCACUGGAUAUUGUCUCUUUUUGGAUUUGAUGUUUUUUGAGAAAUAAGCUUUCAUGGUCACUAGGGGGCACUGUGCUUUGGCUUAGACCAGAAAAAAAAAGCCAGAUUUCUUGAGUUGUACAUAACUUAGACACUACCUUCCAAUCUUCAUUGACUCUGCUUCCAACUCCAACCACGUUGUCGUAUAACAUUGACUCUGCCCAUGUUGGCUUAGACCAUGUUACAUUGUAUUCAAAGACAUAGUUGUGUUUAUUCGUCUUAGGCUUCUGAAUUAUCUUCUUUGUGUCAGAAAAUACAUGUUUUACAUUAUUUAUUUAAUUUUUAAUUAUUAUUUUUUAUUUUUUUUUGUAAAUUUUGUAAUGCACAUGUGAAUAUAGGAUUCUGCCUGCAGAUGAGCAUCGGAUUUCUAGUUAGUUUUUAUUGGGAGUUUGUUGAAUUGCCCACCUGAAAAUAUUCAGCAACUAGAUAGAAAGAUUUAUUUUGGAAUGUGAUAUCGAUUUAUUACGAUCAUCUUAUUAAAAAAAAAAAACCUGUAUGGGCAUUUACUGUGUGUUUAUAGCUGUUUAGUCAUAGCCAUGUCUGCUCAUGUACCGUAUGAAAUUCACCUUUCCACUGUGAUUCAAUGCUGCAGGAAUCGGUUGUCUAUGUACAGGACUUUACAUUGAGAUAAUGCUAAUGCGUAGGUUCUGCAGCAUAGUGGAUAUAAAGUAUAAAUUGAGAGGGGGGGGGGGGGGAUUAUAUUAUUUAUUUAUUUUAUUUUACUAUAACCAAAACUUCAAAAGCUAUAAGUAGUUUGUUUGAAAAAUGGAUAACAUUUCAACUCCACUGAAAUUUUAGCUUGACGUAAAAUUGCAGGUUACCAAGACCUCAUGGUUUUCUUAUGGGCGCACGUACCAUAGUGGCUGUACUGGGGCCCUUGGAGAGAGGGGGCCCAUCCUCGUUGGUCCCAUUCUUUUUUUCUAAUGGUAAGACACUAUGCGGAAACUUCUCUAUCCAGUUAUCUGCAUUUUUAGCAAAUUAAUGGAAGAGGGUAUUGACCAAUGGGUCAUGGAAAGUAAAGGGAAAUAAAUAAUAGACAUUGCUGUCCUGGGGGGAAAAAUUAGAUGCUAUUUUAGGAAGCCCAUGUCGAUAUUUGUUACCUGGCCCCCUUUCUUCUAUGUACGCCAAAGCCUAUGGGGUAAAAAUUAUCCACCACUUUUUCUGCUUAAAGGAAAACGUUAUGGCAAUGGUUGCGUUGGCCGACAAUUUUAUCACAACCCUGGAACCUAUAGGUACAAUGGGGAGAGAUUUCUCAAUAUUGUUACUGGAUACAUCAUUUGCGAAAGUGUUAAAAUGAUAUCAAAAUGGUUAUUAUAUUAUAUUAUUAUAAUAUAUGGUGCAACUCUUCAGAUCAAACUCUAGAUCAAUUUGACAAUCUUUUCUUUACACAGCUGAAUAUAUACUUCAACAAUUCUGAAGUAAAAAAAAAACAAUUAUGACAGAUAUGCAAAAUUCUGAAAAAAAAAAAUCUUGAGAUGCAUAAUAAAUACAUUUGUAGCAUUUUGGACACAGUGGUCCAGAUCUAGUAAAAUUGUCAUGGACGGACAGUCUUCAAAGGCUAAUAGUAAUAGACAGUCUUCCGCAAGAUAUAAUAAAGAAUUUUCAAUCUAUUGUCUUACUUUAAACCAGAAAUAUGCACCACAAUUAUGCCACAUUUUUGGCGCAUUUAGACUACGUCCUUUUUGUAAAAUGUAUGAUUAUGAAGGCCAUGCUCCUUUUGUCAGACCAGCACCAAAGUUCUUGCGCAGCUGCAAUAGUAGAUCAGGACCACUAUGUGACAGGAUUCUACAGUAUUGCGCUUAGUAAAUCUCUCCCAUCAAUUCUUUCUGCCAUUCGAUGGACCCCAUUGUCAAGUAUCCAUAAUGGUGUCCGGACCUUUACCAAACUUUAUAGUGCCACAUGCUGCCCCAUAGUGGCUGGGACUUUUGUAUGAACCUGCAACAGUGGCUCUUAGCGUGAAUGAGGCCUAACAAGAAAUGGAUAGGAGAGGAAAGUUGGACAGUUUAGUCCAUUAGUUUCAAUACAUUUUGUACUUAAAUGAUUGUUCCAGACACCAACACAAAACUGAUAUCUGGCACAUAAUAAUUUUGGCCAGGUUGGAUAUUUUGUCCAUUUGACCAAUCUGUCAUCAAUAAUUUACCAAGUUUUCUGUAAUGUCUUUGGUCUUCUUCUGAUAUGGAUCAAACAAAAAAACAACAUGGACAUAAUCUUGUUAGAAGUAGACCCAAAAUGUCCCUACAUUGGGACAUUUUGGGGGAGAUUUAUCAAAGGAUUUAGAAUUGUUUUUCCUGUCUAAAUUCGUCGCACAGAAAGUCGCAGUCUAAAUAUGUGCGCCUUUUUUGCGACUUUUGCUUUAGAGGAUUUUUAGAACAUGAUGCAUUCUAGUCUAUUUUAGACGGAAAUGCAUUGGAAAAUGCAUUGGUGCUGAAUUUAUCAAAAGCGACUUUUUGGCGACAAGUCGCAUCGGCUGAAAGUACGCCAAAAUGUCAGACCAUGCUGGAGCAGGUUUAAAUACAGUCUAAAGCAUAGAUCCCAAAGUCCGUGCGCAGAAUGUAUCAAGAGCCGUGUGACUUUUGAUAAAUUAGGCACAAAAUAGACCGGCCUAAUGCUCUGUAGUUUGGUCUAUAUUGAUGCGGGACAUAUACAACUUUGAUAAAUCUCCCCCUUUGGGUCUAAUCAGUUUUCAGACUGUCCACCUUUUAACACCAUGAUGCUUUCAGAUUCUGCAUUUUAUGACGAUUAACUUAAUAUAUUUAUUGUGGUCUGAUCUAAUGUUUUCUUAUACUGGGUUUUAAAUUCCCCAUGUAGACAGAGUUAAAGGGGUGUUCCAGACGUAAAGAAAAAAUAAUAUGGUGCUGGAAUGGGGGAAAAAUAGAAAAGAAACACAUACUAACCUAGUAGCUCCUGCUGUUCACUUUUAUCCUCCCCCACCCCCCCAAAUAUCUUUUCUCUUCUUCAUGAUUUCAAGAAGAGGUGCGGGACCUGCCCGCUCAGCCAAUCACUAGCCAAAACAGGACACUGUUGAAGUCAAUGAUUGCCUGAGCAAGCAGGUCCUGCACCCAGAGAAGAUCAGGGGACGGAGGAGGAGCUGUAGGGGACCUACAGGGCUAGAAUUAUUUUUUCUAUUUAUAUUUAGAGCUCUGUAUCAAAAUACCUUUAUAGGUGUCAGAGCUUAGAUAUAAGUCUGCACUGAAUUCUGGAGCGCGAUAAAAUUAAAAUGGUGAUCAAGAGUGGACAUUCAUAUAUACUCUUCCUCUAUGAUAUGGAGCCCUCAUGGACUGUACCCCACAAUGUAGAACGCUUGCUUUACUUUAGCAACAAAUACCUUCUCUCAGGGAGUGUCCUUGUUUUAUCUAAGAUAGAAGAAAAAAUUAUUAUGUAAUAUUUUUUAAGGUAACACUCCAUAAGUUGACGUGGCAUUAGAGAAUCACCUAAAAACUAUUGGUUGUAAUGUAGAUGGAUGGCAUGAACCGUCACUUUACCAAGUGAUGAGGAUACAUCAGUUUGCAUCUUAAUAACCUCAUCCACAGCACUGUGUAACAAGGGUUGUUUGGCACAGAUCGAGGUGGACCCUUGUUCUUCUUUAAAGAUACUAUUAUGUGUGUUAAUAGCCUCACUUACUCCUCGCUUUUCCUGCUACAUUUUCUUGUCUGUUUUUGUUUAAUCAAUAGAGACGAUUUGAUUAUUCACCACCCUAUGGGGUAUAGAUACUCACUUACCAGAAUCACUCAUAGUUGGCUGUACAGGUGACCAAAGAUACACAAGACCACCAUCCUUAAAAAGACUUGUGGACAACCCCCAAAAAAGGAGAUUUAUUGUCAUUAA